GUCGUGAUACACCUACCACCCUCUCCCCCCUCGUGCCGAUAAGACAUAGACCGCCUCCGCUAAGGUCCUCGGCGUCCCGCAAGAAGACGAAACCAUCUCUGCACACCACAGCGUCGCAUCCACCGAACCCGCUGCCUUCGACCCCGCCAAUCUCUGCAUCCGGGUUCGAGAACAUUUGCAGUCUACCAGACAAGUCUGCCACACCCGCACACAUCAUGGCUGUCGUGCCAUUCAAGGUGAAGGCCAUCUAUGAGUACACCUCCGCCCACGAGGACGACCUGCCAUUCGGGGUUGGCCAGAUCAUCACCGUUACCGAGGAGGAAGAUGCCGACUGGUACGCUGGCGAGUAUGUCGAUGACUUAGGUGUGAAGAGAGACGGGAUAUUCCCACGCAACUUUGUCGAGAAGUUCGAGCCCACUGCUCCACCCCGCCCCACGAGAUUCCGUAAAAAGGAGUCAGAGCCUGGCUCGCCCCCUCCCCCUCUACCACCCGUCGCUCCGGCUGAGCCGCUUCCGGCGCAGGAGCCUGUCGACACACCGCGCGAGAAAGCACACAUAGAACCACGCGUUGCCUCGCCGCCUCCGUUACCUCCCGUUACGACGCCGCGUUCCCCGCCUCCUGUCUUCGCGCCUAAAUCGCCGGAGCCGGCUCCUAUCCCAGCGCCUGUGCCCGUUGAACCUCGAGUCCCCACGCCGGCGAGCCCUUCGGUCGCCCAGCAGACAUCGAGAGCUCCGGCACCCCCUCGGGCUCCCCCGCCGGCGUCUGAGAAGCCCCCUAGCAAUUCCUUCAGGGAUCGCAUCGCGGCUUUUAACAAGCCGGCAGCUCCGCCGGUUGCGCCCUUCAAACCCAGCGCCCUUAGCUCCGGCAGUUCCGGCUUUAUAAAAAAGCCGUUCGUUGCCCCCCCUCCGAGUAGAAAUGCUUACGUGCCCCCGCCUCGUGACGUGCCUACCGCCAAAGUCUACCGACGCGAGGAAGACCCAGAGGUCAAGGCUCAGGAAGUGGAGACAUUCGAGAGUGCGGCCAAGGCCGGCCUGGUCCCUACUGAACCGUCGGAAGGUCAAGACGAAGAGCAGCCUAAGCCCACUAGCUUAAAGGAGCGAAUCGCACUGCUUCAAAAGCAGCAAGCCGAGGCUGCUCUACGACACGCGGAUGCCGUUGCGAAGAAAGAAAAGCCUAAGCGCCCUCAGAAGAAGCGCACCGAAAAUGACGCCCCGCAAGAGAGCACGCCGGCAGAGGAGGGCGUAGCGGAUCUCCCGGGUUCUUCGGAAAGGAAAGACGCCGUCGAGGCUAGCGGCAAGAAAUCUAUUGACGAAUCUCGGCCCCCGAGGCAGCCGUUACCUCGACGAAAGUCAUCAACGGCGCCCGUUGAGAAUGAUGGUAAUGAGGCGGAUAUGUCAGGCGCAGGAGACACGACAGAAGGGCAGGAGGAUCUCACUGAGAGAGAAGAUAGCGAUGAGAAGUCUCGUCCUCACGAAGGUGUCGCUUCCGGCCCCAGUUCUGCGCAAGACGAAGAAGAGGCUCAAGAGGAGGAUGUUGAUCCAGAGGUUCGCCGAAAGGAAGAGCUCCGUGCUAGGAUGGCAAAGAUGAGCGGUGGCAUGGGUAUGCAUGGCAUGUUCGGCCCUCCGGGAAUAAUGCCUCUCGGAGGUCCAGCGCCAGCUAAGAAGCCCAAGCCCCCGACAUCCGGUGAACGUCGCUCAAGUGAGAUAUCGGAUAGGCCCUCGUCACCCAGGAUGCCCGCCCCUCCGAUUCCGACCCCGAUGGCCCUACCCGGAUUUGGAAGGCAGAAUCAACCAGAGGAUGAGGUCGCCGAGUUCGAUCGUGAUGAACUGAGCGGACAGGACCCUACUCCUGUCGUCAGCGCUCAGCCCACAGGUUCGGCCUUGGAACCAGUCCCUCCCCAGGUACCUGGAGGCCCACCACCUAUCCCGGGAGGACGACCCGCGGCCCCUCCAGUGCCCACAGACUCUCGGCCACCCCCGCCUCCGCCUACCGGUGUAGCUUCGCCCAGCAUAGGUUCCGAGUCAGAUGAUGAAUUGUCCGAGAACCCCCAGAGAGCCCCGGAGACUCCACGAGGCGAAGUCCCUCCGGCCGGUCGGGCACCUCCGAUCCCUUUGGCACCCCCGAUGGCGCCAACCUCACCCCGGGGGGCUGGCAAGCGCACCUCCUACAUGGGCGAGGACAUCCCGCCGGCAUCUCCCCCGCUACCCCCGCCAUCGAACAAGAGGAACAGCCGUCCACCGCCUCCCAUUCCCGGAGCCGCUCCGCCUCCUAUUCAAAACCGGCCCCCGCCUCCUCCGCCCCCCGGUGGUCCCUUAAGCCGUUCUUCUACUGCUGACGAGAAGAUUGCAGUCCCAAUGAGGCCGGGACAUUUGGACAACGGCGAGGAGGGAGAGGUAACCGAGUACGAAGGUGACUACGAUACUGAUAUCGCAUCCUCAGUCCCUCAUAAGGAUGCGCUCAAGUCGCACGCUCGAGACUCAAGCCUCGACGAUAGCAUUCUGAUACGCUCGCCCGUCACCGAAGCUCCGCCGUCCUUGCCUCCUCCAGUCCCCGACACAGCUGUCCCGCGAGCUAGCCCACCGCCAGUCCCGAGCCAACCCCCACCAAGCUCUAGAUUAUCGAUGGACUCUCCUCGUGCCGUCCCUCCACCUCCGCCCCCACCCAAAGAGGUGUUUUAUUCUUAUGGCGAGGAUUACGAUCCUUUCAAUUACAAUGGCGCGCAAACCUCGCCAGCUACCGCUUCCCGCGACGUAGCACCUGUACGAGAGGAAGAGGAGGAGUCGGAGCAAACACCGCAACCAAUGUCUUCCUAUCAGUCUCCUCCUCUACUCCCACCAAUCAGCCGAGCCCCGCCACCACAACCGCCCAGGGUCACCCGACCAUCCGUAGACAUGUCGUGGCCCGGCGGGAGGAGAUCGGUCGACGCGACCCGACCAUCAAUGGAGACUGGCUUCGUGGCAAACGAGAUCGACUUAGCUGCCCAUACCCAAUGGUGGCUUGCGCCGAACGGCCUCCCUCCGGUAUUCCAGGGCAGACGGGACAUCUAUACCGAAACUGGCGAAUCGGCCUCGGAGACGCUGAUUACCAAGGUAUUCUUCAUCCUCUUCCAAGACUAUUCACAGACCGUUAUUACCGCCCGCUUCGAUAGUCAAAAUCCUGCAGAUGCCGAACUAGAGCAACGUCACGAAGGCCCACCUCGGGCCCUCCGCCAGGACGAGCUCGAGGAGGCGUAUGAACGGUUUGGUCGGGCAAUGGCCAGCGCAGCUGCGGACAAGAACCACAUAGUCGUUGGCGACGGCACCCCACAGGCGCUCAUCUUUGAACUUCUGAAGCCCUUGAAGGACGCCCUUCCGCCAGUCGGCACGCGUGCCUACGGUGCCUUAGUCUACGCCAACAUGGCAAACGCGUCGACACAAUUGAACGACGAGAUUAGACCGGGAGAUGUCAUCUCCAUUCGCAACGCGAAAUUCCAGGGCAAGCACGGGCCCAUGCACGCGAAAUAUUCCAUGGAAGUGGGCAAACCCGACCACGUGGCCAUCGUCGCGGAAUGGGACGGUACCAAGAAGAAGGUUCGGGCAUGGGAACAAGGCCGCGAGAGCAAGAAAGUAAAACAGGAAAGCUUCAAGCUGGACGAUCUGAGGAGUGGCGAAGUCAAAGUCUGGCGAGUAAUGCCCCGAAGCUGGCUCGGGUGGAGCUCGGACUAGCAGUCGCGAAGACCAUCUUUGGAAUAUCUGUGGCCUAUACUUAUG